UGGUUGCCGCUGGUGAGUUUCUUCCAUGAUGGCGGAGCGGUCGGUCGCGCGGAUGGACUGUGUCUCCCACUCGGAUGCUUGUCUCGUGUCUUGAGGGAGGGCGCUUUGUUUUUUUUAGCAGUUUUCUUUCCAGACGCCACCCUCCGCUUCCCCCUCGACCACACCGCGCUCGUGUUCCCCGGCUGAAGUCAUGGCAGACCGCGGCGUGGAUCUGUCCGCCCUGCCGAAGGAGGUUAGGGACCAGUUGGCGGAGUUGGACCUGGAGCUGUCUGAAGGUGACAUCACGCAGAAGGGCUACGAGAAGAAGAGAGCCAAGCUGCUGGCCUCCUGCAUCCCCCACUUGCCAAAGGUGGAUCUGUCUCUUCCAGAUGUCCAGCUUUCCCCAGGCCACAGUGCGGACCCCAGCCCGAGUCCUGAGGCCCCAGGCCCCUCCACCUCUUCAGCUGCCAGACACCACCGUGCACAUCGCAGUGGAGGGGCCAGAGACGACCGCUACAGAUCAGACAUCCACACAGAGGCAGUGCAGGCAGCGCUGGCCAAACACAAAGAAGAGAAGAUGGCGCUGCCCAUGCCAACCAAGAGACGCUCAGCCUUUGUCCAGUCUCCCAUAGAGACCUGCACACCUCCAGACACAUCUUCUGCAUCAGAGGAUGAUGGCUCAUUGCGCAGGAAGGCAGCUCUCAGUGCAGUGCUGGCCCAGAGCCUGCAGAGCCCUGACUACUGGAUCAACCGUUCCGUCCAAAGCUCCUCCACGUCCUCGUCCGCCUCCUCCACCCUCUCCCAUGGAGAGCCCAAGACCCAACCACAGCCCCAGCCUCAACCUGCAAUUUCCUUGUUGGCCGACGUACUGGCCCACACGCGCAUAGAAAACAGUGUCCCCCCUGAUGUGACAUCCUCCACUCCCCAGGAGAGAGGAUCCAGGGUUGACCUGCCUCCAGCGGUCAGGGGCAUGAGCCGUGGACAGAGCCGCUCCAGCAUGCUGGAUACUGCUGAUGGAAAAAGAAAAGGUGUGCCUGUCAAUAGCAGGGUGUCCACUAAGAUCCAGCAGCUGUUGAACACACUCAAACGGCCCAAAAGACCACCACUCAGUGAAUUCUUCCUCGACGACUCUGAGGAAAUUGUAGAAGUUCCUCAGCCGGAUCCCAACACCCCGAAGCCGGAGGGACGUCAAAUCAUCCCUGUAAAGGGGGAGCCCCUUGGAGUGGUCAGUAACUGGCCUCCUGCCCUGCAGGCUGCUCUGGCCCGCUGGGGGGCCACCCAGGCCAAGAGUCCUGCCCUCACUGCUCUAGAUAUCACUGGCAAACCCCUCUACACAGUCACAUACGGCAAACUAUGGAGUCGCAGUCUGAAGCUGGCCUAUACACUGCUGAAUAAACUGGGCACCAAGACUGAGCCUGUCCUACAACCCGGAGAUCGGGUGGCGCUGGUGUAUCCCAACAGUGACCCUGGAAUGUUCUGGGUGGCUUUUUAUGGCUGCCUUUUAGCUGAGGUCAUCCCUGUGCCCAUCGAGGUGCCACUGUCACGACAGGACGCUGGCAGUCAGCAGAUCGGCUUCCUGUUGGGCAGCUGUGGUGUUAGUCUGGCGCUGACCAGUGAGGUGUGUCUCAAAGGGCUGCCCAAGACACCAAACGGAGAGAUCAUCCAGUUCAAAGGUUGGCCAAGGAUGAAAUGGGUUGUGACAGACACCAAGUACCUGACUAAACCAUCCAAAGACUGGCAGCCGCACAUCCCCACUGCCAACACAGACACCGCCUACAUAGAGUACAAAGCCAGUAAAGAGGGAACAGUGAUGGGAGUCGCCGUAUCCAAGAUCUCCAUGUUGACCCACUGUCAAGCCCUGACCCAGGCCUGUAACUACUGUGAAGGGGAGACACUGGUCAACGUGUUGGACUGCAAGAAGGAUAUGGGCUUGUGGCAUGGCGUCUUAACGAGUGUCAUGAACAGAAUCCACACCAUCUCAGUGCCAUAUGCUGUCAUGAAAGCCUGUCCUAUGUCGUGGGUGCAGAGGGUCCACAUUCACAAAGCACGUGUGGCCUUGGUGAAGUGCCGGGACCUCCACUGGGCCAUGAUGGCCCACAAGGACCAGAGAGACACCAACUUGUCUUCUAUACGUAUGCUUAUUGUGGCUGAUGGAGCAAACCCAUGGUCUGUGUCGUCAUGUGAUGCCUUCCUAAAUGUGUUCCAGUCUCACGGUCUGAAACCUGAGGUCAUUUGUCCAUGUGCCACUUCUCCUGAGGCCUUAACUGUGGCCAUACGCAGGCCUGGUGCACGAGGAGCUCCACUGCCAGCCAGAGCCAUCCUGUCCAUGGGUGGGCUGAGCCACAGCGUGAUCAGGGUGAACACAGAGGACAAAAACUCUGCUCUCACUGUUCAGGAUGUGGGCCACAUUAUGCCUGGAGCUCUGAUGUGCAUUGUGAAACCGGACGGGCCUACACAGCUGUGCAAGACGGAUGAAAUAGGAGAGAUUGUGAUCAACUCUCGGGCCGGAGGCACCAUGUACUAUGGCCUGCCUGGUGUCACCAAGAACACGUUUGAGGUGAUCCCUGUCAACCAAGCUGGAGCACCCAUUGGAGAAAUUCCCUUCAGUCGAACGGGUCUGCUGGGAUUUGUAGGACCGGGCAGUCUGGUCUUUGUUGUGGGGAAGAUUGAGGGGCUGCUGAUGGUGAGCGGGAGACGUCACAACGCAGACGACCUGGUGGCCACCGCGCUCGCAGUGGAACCUGUCAAAACAGUUUACAGGGGGAGGAUCGCCGUGUUCUCAGUGACAGUGUUUUAUGAUGAGAGGAUCGUGAUUGUGGCAGAGCAGAGGCCUGAUGCCAGUGAGGAGGACAGCUUCCAGUGGAUGAGUCGAGUACUACAGGCCAUCGACAGCAUCCACCAGGUCGGCCUCUACUGCCUCGCUCUCGUUCCAGCCAACACCCUCCCCAAAACGCCGCUUGGAGGCAUCCACAUCUGUGAAACCAAGCAAAACUUUUUGGAGGGAAACCUGCACCCGUGUAAUAUCCUCAUGUGCCCACACACCUGUGUUACCAAUCUGCCCAAACCACGGCAGAAACAGCCAGUGGAUGUGGGUCCAGCUUCUAUGCUGGUUGGCAACCUGGUGGCAGGGAAACGUAUCGCCCAGGCUACAGGCAGAGAGCUGGGUGUGGUGGAGGACCAGGAUCUGAUCCGAAAGCACCAGUUCUUGUCUGAAGCUCUGCAGUGGAGAGCCCAGACCGACCCAGACCACGUCCUGUAUGUGCUGCUUAAUGCCAAGGGGGUGGCAGUGUGCACAGCCACUUGUGCUCAGCUUCACAAGCGAGCAGAAAAAAUCACAGCCACCAUAAUGGAGAGAGGAGGCCUCAACACAGGAGACAAUGUGGUGCUGCUUUAUCCCCCAGGUAUUGACCUGAUAGCUGCCUUCUAUGGCUGUCUCUAUGCGGGGGUCAUCCCCGUGACAGUGAGGCCGCCUCACCCACAGAAUCUGGCUGCUACUCUCCCCACCGUCCGCAUGAUCAUCGACGUGAGCAAAGCAGCCUGCAUCCUCACCACUCAGCCUCUCAUGAGGAUCCUCAGGUCCAGGGAGGCUGCUGCCAGCGUCAACAUCAAGACGUGGCCAACCAUCAUUGAUACAGAUGACCUCCCCAGGAAGCGGCCUCCACACAUCUAUAAACCCCCCACAGCGGAGAUGCUGGCCUACCUGGACUUCAGUGUGUCCACCACAGGCAUGCUGACUGGAGUCAAGAUGUCUCAUGCUGCGGUCAGUACUCUGUGCCGCUCCAUUAAGCUGCAGUGUGAGCUCUACUCCUCACGACAAAUAGCCAUCUGUCUGGACCCGUACUGCGGCCUGGGCUUCGUCCUAUGGUGCCUCUCCAGUAUUUACUCAGGUCACCAGUCCAUCCUUAUCCCUCCCCUGGAGCUAGAGAGCUCUCUGCCUCUGUGGCUGAGCACGCUCAGUCAGUACAAGAUCAGAGACACCUUCUGCUCCUACUCUGUCAUGGAGCUGUGCACCAAAGGCCUCGGCACUCAGACAGAGAUGCUGAAGGCGCGGGGUCUGAAUCUGUCGUGCGUGCGGAGCUGCGUGGUGAUAGCGGAGGAGCGGCCCCGUCUCACUCUCACUCAGUCCUUCUCCAAGCUCUUCAAGGACCUCGGCCUGUCGUCGCGCGCCGUCAGCACCGCUUUCGGCUCCAGGGUGAACUUGGCCAUCGGCCUACAGGGCACUGCGGGACCAGACCCCUCCACCGUCUAUGUUGACAUGAAGUCUCUGCGUCACGACAGGGUGAGACUGGUGGAGCGAGGAGCGCCACAGAGUAUUCCACUCAUGGAGUCCGGCACCAUCCUACCGGGAGUGAGGGUCAUCAUCGUCAACCCAGAGACCAGAGGCCCGCUGGGAGAUUCCCAUCUUGGGGAGAUCUGGGUGAACAGUCCUCAUAGCGCCAGCGGCUACUACACCAUCUACGGGGAGGAGAGCCUGCAGGCCGAUCACUUCAACACCAGGCUCAGCUUCGGGGAGCCCCAGACUCUGUGGGCCAGGACGGGCUACCUGGGCUUCAUCAAGAGGACGGAGCUGCUGGAUGCAAGUGGAGAUCGUCAUGAUGCCUUGUUCGUGGUGGGCUCUCUUGAUGAAACGUUGGAGUUGAGGGGGUUGCGUUAUCACCCCAUCGACAUUGAGACGUCUGUGUCCCGAGCCCACCGCAGCAUCGCAGAGAGUGCUGUGUUUACAUGGACCAACUUGCUGGUUGUGGUGGCGGAGCUGGGCGGCUCGGAGCAGGAGGCCUUGGACCUGGUGCCCCUCGUCACCAACGUGGUGCUGGAGGAGCACCACCUCAUUGUUGGGGUGGUGGUCAUCGUGGACCCCGGGGUGAUCCCCAUCAACUCCAGAGGAGAGAAGCAGAGGAUGCACCUGCGGGACUCGUUCCUGGCCGACCAACUGGACCCCAUCUACGUGGCCUACAACAUGUGAACACCUUUCACCCACCGAUGCAGAAAACUGAGCCAAGCUCCGAGGACAGACGGGAGGGAGAGAGAACCGGGGGUGCGUUCAGUAGCAGCCUGGAUGUCAAACCACAGACACACGUUCAAAACACCAAACAAUGUGGGAAUGAGAGCACAGUACCAGCACUGGAAUGAGAUCGUGCUUCCCUCUCUGAAACUGUUCCUUCUUUGCUUCCACCUGCUCGAUCGCUGCAGUCCAGGUUCACUGAGAUUCUUUCUCCUCUUAAAGAGAAGACAUAUCUGUCAGCUGGAGGAACUUUCAUCUUCAUCCUCUCUGUGCAUCCCACUCCUCCCUCAUCGCUCAAAUUCAUGUUUUUUAUAAGACAUUUUUAAUUAACUUUCAUCAAAGAAAGAAAUGUUACACCCCCCCCUUCUAUUCCUUGGUUUUUAACCUGAAGCAUUCAUCCCUGUGUGUUUUCAUUUUUUUAACCCCCCUGCGUUCUGAAGGGCAGGAAGGUGGAACUGGAUCUGCUGAGAGGAGCUGGAACUUUCCCCUCUUGCACUUUUAAGUCCUUGCACCUCUGAGUCCACUUCCUGUCUCACUCACCUGCCUCAAGAGGACACCCCCCACUACAAGAGCAAAUCCACAUCAGUAUUAACAAGUGCCACCAGCGAGUGCAGCCCACAUGUUACCUUCCCAUUACCCGGUGCACCGUGGCUCUCACCUCCCAUCGCAUACUGUGUUUGUCAGCGUUCACACAAAAUGUCAGAAAACACACACUUGAAUCAUUUUGUUGGUGCGGGAAAAGAAAGAGUCUCUUCAUAAACACACAAAUCUGGAUAGUAAGGAUAAUACGUAUUCUUCAUUUUCAGUGGAAGUAGGAGUUGAUCCAUCAGAUAGUUCUUAUGGUUGUGAUAGUGCUAAAGAAUAAUAAUUCAGAAAUAUUACAGGAGAAGAGUCACAUUGCAUUGCUGGGGUUUAGGUGGAAGUUAAUCAGUGUCUACAUGCAGUCCUAAAAAAAGCCAACAAGCUCAGCAGUCACAGAGCAGUAGAUCGGAUGGUCUAGUAGCCUCAUGGUUUAGCAUCACAUGUGAGGCAAUGCACUGAGCUUCUGAUCCUCUGAAGAAGAAAUAAAUACCCAGAUCUUUGAAACACCGUGAAGGUCUUUUAAAAACACUUGCUGCCGUUCACAGGUUAUUUCCUGGCUUCUCAAAGACUCUUCCGAACAUGGGAUGAAUAAAUACAUCGUCUGUUCCUCAGUGAAGAACAUCUUAAACCCUUUUCCCAAGCCGCAGUUUAUCAAUUUAUCAGUAUAACUGAUAGUAAAGUCUUUAAUUUGUUUCACAUAUCGUACAAAUUGAACACGGACCUGCGUCAUUUCUCCAUCUGUGUUGGGGGAUAGUUAGCUUGUUUUGAUAAUUUACCAUCUUCUAGUUUGAACUGUGAUCAGUGAUCUGUUAGCUUCGAGCCUGUGCUUAGUUUCCAAUCUCAAAGCAAACGUGUUUUAUUUAAUGCUGUCGUCGCCGUCGAUGAAGUAAAUGUGGAUCAUCAGAAGGCAAGUCAGUGCCUUUUUUUUAUUGCACCAUUGUGACAUUCGCAAAAACAAUAUUUAUCAAAUAGGAUCUGGAGAAUGAGGACGUUCCUCCGCCUUACUACACCUGUGGGUCUCCAGUACUUCUUACAUCUGAUCUCACAUAUCUGGCUGUAAUGUUAGAACUGCUCCACCGUUUUUAGUUUUUGUUUAUAGAGGAGGGCUUGAGGGGGGGGGGGUGUCUCGUUCUUUAUUAAUUUUGUGUCAUGCCUUUCUCAUUUCAUCAUUUAAAACCAAUUCUCUCUGAAUGUCUGCAACACAAAAAUAAAACGUCAAAUUAAACAUGAAUAGCAAUCAGUAAGCAACUCGUGAUUUAAAUGGCAGAGUCCUCCUUUAAGAAGGGAGGUCAUAAUAAAUGAGGGUAAUAAGGAUGUUGUCUGUAUACUGUAUCUUAGAGGUCAAAUACUGUAUUACUGGUGUUAAUGUGUACAUGGAAAUGAACUUUGUCCAUCGGAACAAAAAAACUUGACUGAUCUUUCAUACUUGACUGCAUUUUUUUAUUUAACUGUAUCACAUUGCAAAAGAGAAAAAAAACGGUUUCCGAUUAUUUUGGCAGGAACAAUGUGCACUUUCCCAAUAUCAUUUUGUGCGUGUGCUUAUGUCUGUGUGUGUGUGUGCGUACAAGAAGGAAUGUGUGUGUGUGUCCAGUUUAACAUUGAUAUUUAGCUUUUCUGGUGCAACAAUGUUUGUCUUUUGUAAGAAAAUGAUGCCAGAAUAUUAAACCUUUUUUUCCUUUCUUUCUUUUUUAUGUCGCCUCCACUGUAUUUUUUUUUUUAGUUCUUUUCAUCCAAAAUUGGAAUUUUAAUAUAUUUUUUAGGGGUUUCAUCAACAUUUUCCUGAUGUAAUCUUUUCUUUAAAAACUGCACAACUUGUGCAAAUGGCUGGUUUGGUUUCCGAAGCAGCUUGACACCGUACAGCACAUCUGUAAACCACUCUCAUUCAGUGACGGACACUGACCACGUGUAUGCGAACCAGUAUCUGGGACACGUUAUAUUCAUGAAUAACAAACUGAAGCUUCUGAGCUACUGUGUGACAAUUGCUUUGUUGCUACUGUUUCAAUCCGACGAGUUUGAAUAAAGUUUUAUAAUUUCAUUUCGCCCUUCAAGCCUUUUCAAUAGACAUUGGUGCUAUUCAACAAGGGAAAGUUUGACAGACUUUUUUUCCUCCAAUGUCCUGAAAAACAAGGUUUCUUCCUGGAUGCCCUUUUUGUGUGAAAAAUAAGUCGUUCUUUUCUUCAUGCCAACAUCUUCUCACUCACCGCUCAGUUCUAAAACUUUUACCAUCACCAGUUUUCAUCAGCUCUGAGAUUUGAUGAGAAAUCUCCCAAUGGGCAACUGCACGAGGACAAUGAAAGUCGACGUUUUCCAUUCGGAUAUUUCUUUUUUCCAGUUGUCAUGUAGUGAGGAAUGGCGUUUGUUUCAAACCUCCUACGUUGUUUCUUAAGCACAAAAAUGUAAAAUGUACAUGUGAGGUAAUGAAAUUAGGAUCUUUCACACAAAAGUCACAAAAACUCAAGGGCCCACAAUGUAUACCUCAACGACUGUCUGUUCACUAUGCAUCGUCGAGCUGCAGCAAAGACAUUCUGAACUAGUCAAUGGUGCGAUAACUUGUAACAUGUCUUACUUGACAAAAACACUGUCACACUGUCAUUGGAUGUGUUUCAUGUCAAAUAAAAAAAGAUGCUUUGUCAGA